UCUCGCUUUUGUCGUGAAACAGCCAAUGGUGUGUCGUAAUUCUGUCAUGUUAAGUUGUUAAUGUUGGUACAAUUUGUAUUUAUUUACAAAAUUUCAAAGUUGGCAGCAGUAGUAUUGCAAAGAACGGGAAGAUCUAACGGGUUCAUCUUUUCCUGUUUUUUCAGUUUUUUUGUACGACGAGCUUGUAUCCGUGACUUAUUUGUGUAAAAAUAUAUUAAGGCAAUAGUGAUAAGUGCAUUGCGUGCCAAAUAAGUGGAAAUGGAAGCGAGGUGAUCAGUGGUUUUGGGUCUUACAAGUUGACGUAUAGAAUGAUAAUGGCGGUGGUGGUGUUAGUGAAAAAUAACAAAAUGUUUGUGUGAAGACUGGCGAGUGUGUUUGGGAUAAUUCGCGUAAUGCCUUCGGCUGCAACGCGGGCGCGUGCGGCUGCGGCGCGGUGAUGGCGCGCGCCCCAUGAGCCGGCUGCUGUGCUGCCUGUGCCGCCGCCUAGACAUGGGCGUCGCGCUGUCGCAGGAGGGCGAGUCGUGCGACGGCGCAGGUCUGCCGGCCGCGCCGCCGACUAUGGCGGAUGUCAUAAGGGAGAGGAAGAAAAAAGCCGGCGGUGCUGGUCUGGGCACACUGCGCCGCCGGAUCGCCGCCGCCGCUCGACGCCCUCGCGACGCCCGUCCUGACAGAGGAUGCGAACACGCCCGCUUCAUCCGCACGGUGGUCGGCUCGUGGCGGCUGGCGGAGGUGUUCCUGUUGUGUGCCGAUUUGGAGGCAGGCGCCGCGUUAAGAGACCUCGUCACGCAGGCCGAGUUGGCGCGCGAGCCCGCCGCGGCAUUGCACGCGGACCUGCACAGAGCUUAUAGCGAACGGUGGUGGUGCGACGUGGAACUGGUCGGUGCGGGCUGGUCGGUGCGCGCGCACCGCGCCGUGCUCGCCGCUCGCUGCACCUACUUCCGCGAGCUGCUGCAGCGGUAUCCACCGUCGGUGGUGCGCGUGCCUUUGGACGGCGCGUGCGCGGGGCUGUCGCGCGCCGAGCUGGCCGCCGCCGUGUGCGCGCUCUACGCCUGCACCUGCGCCGCGCCGCAGCACAACAAAUGGGAGUGCAGUACGAAUGCUGACGGUGAUUUGGAUAUCAUCAGUGGAGAUGGAGCUUAUUCGUGCCGCAGCAAUUCCCUCUGCCGCUGCGGGCGCGGCGAGGGCGCGGGACUCCCGCGAUUGCGAGCGCUCUUGGGACAGUCGCCGGAUGCCCUGCAUACGGAUAUGCGAUAUUUGUUGGAGUCUGGCGAGAUGUCUGACUGCCGGCUGUCGUGGGGUUCAUACGAGCUGCCGGCGCACCGUCUCGUACUAGCCGCACGGUCGCGCUACUUCAGGAGCGUGAUGUCCCGUCGCGCGGCGGGCGGCGCCGUGGGCCCGGUGUGCGUGGACGAGCAGGUGCUACCGCGACGCUUCGCGCGGGCCCUGCUGCGGGCCGCCUACACCGACCAGGUGGACCUAAGCCUGAUCGGCCGCAACUCGUCUUCACCAUCGUCUACCAAUAGCACCGGCAGCGGCGGGACGGCAUGGACCGGCAGCAGAGGUCGCGCGACAUCAACCGCGACUCUAGACGAUGCAUUUCAACUCUACGAGAUCGCGAGGUUUCUGGAGAUGCCGAUCGUAGUGCAGGGCUGCGAGGACGCCAUUGUAGAAGCCUUGAGCGCCGACACGCUGCCGCACGUGCUGCGCUGGGCCGCGCACGCGCACGCCUCGCGCUGGGUGCACAGACAAGCGAUGCGCUACCUCCGCGACGAGUUUCCGACGUUAAUGGCGCACGCGGCGGCAGCUAGACUUCCACGCGCUGCGUUAGUUGAUGCUCUCGGCUCGCCCUUCCUGCAGGCGAGCGAGGCGCAGGCGCUGCGUGCAUUAUGGCGCUGGGCCGAGCAGACGCAACACGCGAAACAGCAGCGAGAGCCGAACGUGGUAUGGCACACAGGGCACGCUGCGGCGCGACGCGGCGCGCGACGACGGCCCGCCGACGCGGCGCUCAGGGAAGCGAUGGCUGAACUGCUGCCACUGGUGCGCCUGGACCACCUGCCGCCGGACCACGAGCCGCUACAGCAGAUGGUGCGUCGCGGUCUCAUCCCAGCCCCGGCUUCGACGGGCGAAGAAGGAUCCACGGCGGACGCCUGGCUCGGGAGAGGAGCGCAUCGACCGGCACGCUGCUUCAUACCUUAUCUUGAUGAGCUUAAGGCUUUGCUGGAAGGACAGGCGGUGCCGGAAGCAGAAUUAGCACGGCUGAGACGAGCGCGCUACAUGCACCGUAUUCCUGACACCCUGUAUAUGGUGGCCGCAGCACGAAAUAACGUCGCAGCUCCCGCCGGGCAGGGCGCGUUGGAAGGCGCGUGCGUGUCUCCGCGCGUGCUCGCCGCGUUACGUGCACGUGCACGCGAGUUAUGCGCCGCGCCGCCCGCCGCGCGCGCGCUCAGGCUGCACGCGCACGACCCCGCGCCUGUUAGAGAACAGAUCGCUCUAAGAGCAGUCCGCGAGAUGUCGCUGCCCGAUUCCUGCGCAGAGUUGUUGCUCACCGAAGACACCAAUGAAAGGGAGCGCGAGUGGGAUUCUCCUGGCGAGAGGCGGCGCUGGGACCACGAGUCCACGCCGCCGGAUUGUUGCAGACGGUCGGGCAGCGCGGGCAGCGCCGGCUCGUCGCGCUCCUACCGCGGCGUGCGCGCGCCGUGCCCGGCCGAUCAAGCCGAGAGCAGUUCCCGAUCUAGCACGUGUCGAAGAGAGUUGCCUUCGAGAAGCGUGGACGGCACUCAGCACAGGCAGUCGACGUCGUCGUGCGGCGGCGCCGUCCCGCGCGCCACGCUGUCGGCCGCCGUGCCCGACGUGACCAUGGCGCCCAACGCGAAUACACAUCUGCUCACACAACCCGCGUAUGCUCCCGAAUACAGCGCGGGCGUCUUACAACUGGACCUGGGGGAUGGGGCCACGCACACGCCGCGACCGGGGUCCCGGGCGGCGCGCGCUAUGGCGGCGCAACACGCGACAAGACACAGGGAAACCAGUCAGGCGAUCGCGGCGGCGGCGUGCCGCGCGCGCGACGACGACGAGAUCCGCACCGCCAUCGAGCUCUCCGUCAUGCGAGGUACGCUGGCGUACUCGAUGUUCCACCCGCGCGCGCACAGCCCGGCGCUGCUGCCGCCGCUGCACGCGCGCCGCCCGCCCGCUUCCGCUCCCGCCUCCGCUAACGCGUCCGCGCCCGCGCAUACUACGGCGGUGCGGUCGCGCGCCAGUCCCUCGCCCUCCGCACUAAGUGCGUCCAACAGCGCGCACCUCGCGCACCUGCCCGCACCGCGUGCGACGCACCACGCCUCGCACCACUCGGCCUCGCACCACCCACAGGGACACCGCUCGCUGACCCGCGUAGGAAGCAGCGGUCUGAGCGGGCUGGGCGCGGCGGGCGCGGGCGGCGCUUCUGGCAGCACCAGCCCCAGCGCCAGCCCCAGCCCCAGGAGACACAAGUCGCCCCGGGACUACCGACUGGAGCCUUCUUACGGCAGCUCGGGCUCCGGUAGCCGUGGGCAGAGCCCCUCCAACUACGCGUGAGCCGUGACAUCGUUUGGCACCAACAAUCAUUCCUCUAAAUAAAUACAUAUAAAUAUACCAACUUAUAGUUAUAUGUCAUAUAGGUUUUUAAUAAACUCGUCUCGCUCGACACUAUGAGAAGUAUCGGCAUGUUAUAAAGAUUUUAACCAACGUGAGAAAAUGGUGAUCCCAUACAUUUUAGUAUGGGAGCAGUCGGAAUUCAAAAAUUUUGAUCUCAGUUGUAUGUGUGUAUUGAAUGAGACCAUACAUCAUAAUGACGUAGUGUGUGUGUUUUUACGCCAUACAAAUUUUGUAUGACAGUUGUACUGUGCAGUUUUGUUAUACGUUUGUAUUAUAUUAUUUUAUAAGAAAUGUUUAUCUCUAAAUGCAAUUAUUUUUGUUCGAACUGUCAAAUGUGACAGCUGUCAUCCGCAAAAAAUAUUCAAAAAUGGCGACGAAAAACACACACACUGCGUUGUGUAUAAUGAUAUAAAUAAUAUAUGAAUAUAACAAUAAAUGUAAAUAAUAUAAAUUAAAAUUUAAUAAUAUGUAUAAGUGCGUACGAGUAUGUAAUCUUUCUAUUAUAUAACACGGCAUCUAUUAUUUGGUUGUGAAAAAUGAAAUAUAAUGUAUAAAAUUAUAAAUCUAGCCCCAAACUAAGCUGAGCUUCUGUGGCGCUUAGGUAAAGUAUAAAAAGGCUUAUUAAAUACAUUAGCUUGGGCCGUCAGCACGUAGAAUUUUGUCCAACGACCCCAAGCUACCCAUCCUUAUCGCUCGCGAGUAAUUAUGUUGCUGUCGCGC